UGAAUGCAGUUGUCUUUCCAAUAUAACACAUCACAGGAAAUUGAUCUGUAAUAUAAAUUAAAUCUACACUGAAGAUCGACAUAACUAUUGUAAUUAUUGAUAAGAUAAAUAGUAAGUUUGGUGUAUAUGCCUUCAAUCAAUGGGGGCUGAAGGAAGUGUAUUAAAAGGCUGCAAAUUAGACGAUCCUCUAGAAUCGCCUGCUCACUCACGUCAACAGGACUGGGUCAUACACCCAGCCCGUCGAGAUGAUGGUUCGCAGGUAUCCGUGUUCGUUCACAAAGGGGACAAGAAAUCUCAGGACACUAGGCUACAAAAUGCUGCUAAGCAACUCAAGGUGUUGCGGCAUCCAACAAUUUUAAAAUUCUUUGCAUCGUGUAAUAAUGUGGAAGGCACAUACUUAAUCACUGAGCAAGUCAAACCAUUAGACUUAGUGCUAGAAAAUCUCAGCUCAGAAGAGAUAUGUGUUGGAAUGUUCAAUGUCAUCGAGGCACUAAGUUUUCUGCAUACCAGGGGAGGUGUAUCUCAUAACAAUGUGUGUACAGCAUCUAUUUAUGUAAGUAGCCAAGAUGGAGGCUGGAGGCUUGGUGGAAUGGAACACCUAUGCAAGUUUGAAGAUGCAACAGUACAGUUUUUGAAGGACAGCAGGCCAUUGCGCCACUCCGAGGCAAUCCCACCAGAAGAAAAUGAAGAUGCCCUGACAUCCAAUGCCCCGUCAGUAGGCCAUGCCAGAGAUGCAUAUGCUUUUGGUAUUUUAGCAGAACAACUUCUACAGUACUUGGAAGAACUAGGUGACAUUACAAGUUCAUUUGUGGAAAGACUCUCUGCUUUUAUUGAUCCAGAACCUAAAAACCGCCCUCAACUAAGGACAUUAUUACAAGAUCAUAUAUUUAGGAAUGACUUUCUGGAGAUUAUUAACUUCUUGAACCACCUGACACUAAAAUCAGAACAAGAAAAGGAUAUAUUUUUUGAAGACCUAGCCCAUCGUCUGCAUAGACUGCCUGCUAAGUUGGUAGCCGUUAGACUAGCUCCUAUGCUGUUAUCUAGCUUUGUUAUGGCCGAGCCGGUUGCCGUAGAUAAGUUGUUUGUGCACCUGCUUACUCCCAAGAGUGAUUGCCAACCAUCUGUGUUCAACCCAGACGUGUGUCCCAUUAUUCAUGAAGAGCUGUUCAAGGAGCAUCUGCUCCCUCUAUUGAGCGACGCAUUCCAACUGCGUGACUCCCAUGUACGCUGUGUUCUACUACGCCACUUUUCAUCAUAUGUUCACCUCUUUGAUAACCACCUGCUUAGGUCCAAAAUACUUAUUCAGCUACUGGUUGGUCUUAAAGAUACAAAUGAUGAGAUUGUGUCAGCCACAUUCCAUGCUUUGGCAAAUGUUGUACCAAUUUUAGGAGCUGAAAUUGUCGUUGGAGGAGAAAGGUAUAAAUAUUUUGUGGAGAGGCGACCAAAGUUCCAUACCAAAAAGGAAAAUGGAAUGUUGCAACAAAAUCAAGUUGGGAACCUGACUGCAGUAAGUGGCGUCAUAGGGCUACCACUCAUAGAGAAGAUUGUGACCACAAACAGCCGGACUAACGAUGCAAGUCCAAAAAACGAAGGUAUUGACGAGGAGAAAAGGAAGCUAGCAAGGGAUGAAGAAAGACAACGAAAAAGGGAUGAAAUAAGAAGAAAUAAUGAAAAACGAAAGAAGGAAAGAGAACAGAAGAGGUUAUUGAACAAACAAAAUGCUUUAGGGAAAUCUGUAAGUGAUAAAGACCUCCCUCUUGCAGUGGAUGAACCACCAGAAAUCGUCACAGAGACGGUUUCCUCGCCACAUCAUUCAGAUUCUUCCGGUUACAACGUAAAGCUUUCAGAAACUGAGGACAAUGACUGGUCUGAUUGGGAAGACAUGGAUAACGAUUCCAAGGCUCAAAAUUUUGACAGCCACAAGGAUAGAGUAAACAGCACAGCUUACAUGAAACAAGCCAAAGACAAUAGUUGUGAAAAACCAAUUUCUGACAACACAUCUUCACCAACAUCAAUACUAAAUUCAUCAACACAGAAUUUUAAUAACAGGACUGAAAGAAAGGGAGCCCUGAAGUUACAAACAGGUAAAAAUGUUUCAAAACCCAAAACUGAAAAGAAAUCUUUGAGAAUGCAGGAACUGGGACAAGAGUUUGCUGUGCCGGAUUUCACUCCAAAACCAGAGCAACAGGAGUUUGAUUUCUUUGCUGAUAUGCAACCAACAUUUGGAAAAACACUAAAAACUGAUUUAUCACAAGAUAAAAGUGACGAUAAAAAGACCUCAACUGAGCAAAAGAAUUCAAAGUUUAAAUUUCAAAUGGAACAUACAGCAACCCUGGAUGAUGAUGCUGGAUGGGGUAGCGGUGAUGAUCUUAAUUGGGAUUUUGACGAUUAAAAGAACAGUCACUCAACCUCAAGAGAUUCUAUGUUAAAACCUAAUUUAAUAUGUGUAAAACUUGAAAAAAAGAAUAUGUUAAAUUGUAAAUUAUAUUCAGAGUAAUUAACAACUACAUGCAAUUAUUUGUACAUUUAAAUUUUCAAGAAUUUAACUAUAUAAUCCAACUGAAAUCGCAAUCUCUGAGAGACAAUCAUGCUGUAAUAGGUAAUCAUACUGUAGUUAAUUGGCAGUUUUCUGCUAAAUUUUAAUACAAAUACUUUUUAUUAGAAUUUUUAGCUCUUAAAAGAUACAGUGUCCCUAAAAUACAUUGCUUAAUGUAACCUUCCAUUUCAAUUAUAAUAUAUUCAUUUUUUUUAAAUAUUCUGUUAUUUAUUUUUUUUAAUGCUAUUAAAAAUAUGCUGGCAUUAUAUGAUUUAGAAUUAUAAGCAAGUUUGCACCAAUAAUAAUAUAAGGGCUUUAUUUUAUGCACAAUUUCAAAUAUUUUUUAGCUUUUUUAAAAAUAUAAUGUCUAUUUAUGCAGUUCGAAAACUUUAUUGGUGUUUGUUAUUAAGUCUUUUUCUUUCACUUCUGGAGUUAAAUAUACAAACACAUAUUACCGAACUACUGCUGGUGACCAAGGCAGUGUCUGCCAGGCAUAUUGAAGCAGAGUACACUGAAACUAUUAGGUACAGGUACUACCCACAGGCUACAAGGUUCUACCGACAUCUAUAAUGAAAAUCAUUUCAAACUGCUUUCUAUGUCAUUGUUUAGUCGGUUUUUCAUAUAGGGCACUUGAGUUCUAAAUCAAAUGCAUUUUAUCCUCAAAAUCAAAGCUUUAACUUACUUAACCAUUAAAGCGAUCAUUUCCAGAUAUGCAAUCAUAGAAUUCUGAUAACAAUACUAAAGCAUAUUGAAUUUUUGAGUUUAAAUAUCAACCUUUGGGUAUACAAGAGUUCAUUGGCUUCCAUAGAAAACAAAAUUUUACUACCAUACCGCCAUAGUUUGACACUACUCCAGCCAAAUUAUAACAUAGUGGCAAGCAUGCAGUCAUCUUGGAGUAAACAAGUUCUUGUAAUCUCGAAAGCUCAGAUGAGGGCAGCAUAAUAGAGGAAGUACAGUACAUUGGUUGCCAUACAAAUAAGAUCUAUUAAUCAAUCAGCCAAGUGUUUCUAGAG